AUGGUAUGAUGAUACUGGUAUUUACUGUAAUGUAUCUUCUGCUUGUAACAUUUCUUUAGGUAUCUUCAUGCAUGCCUGGUCAUCUGAUUGUUAUUUUAUCUUGCAAGUGGUAGAAGGUGUAACUCGACAGUCUUUCAAACCCAUCUUCCUCGUCUUUUUUAAUAAUUAAAUAAUUAUGAUACAGCUGUGCCACUUGUUACUGCAAUUCUAAGCAGCAACUUUUUCCUUUUACAGUGCAAGGAGCUUGCCAAGUCUAAGGCAGAAGUUGCCUGCAUUGCCGUGUAUGAAACAGAUGUGUUUGUGGUGGGGACUGAGAGAGGAAGAGCCUUCGUUAAUACGAGAAAAGAUUUUCAAAAGGAUUUUGUAAAGUACUGUAAGUUUAAAUUGCAGUUUUUUCCUCAAAUCAUUUAAGUGUCUCCUUUGGGAAAAGCGUAAUCCUACACAGAUUUGGAGUGGAGUGCUGAAGAUGGUUGGAUGGUGUCUUGUAUGCCACCUCUGGCAACUCCAGCAUCCAAGCUGGUGCCAAAUGUAUUACUCGACUUUCCUUUGGGCCACACCCAUGGAACUCCACCCCCCAAAAAGUUUUCUUAAACCCCUAAAAAUGGGGCUUUUCUCCUCCCUAAGAGAAAGUUCAACAGCUGUGAGCUGACGCCCCAAAAACGUGGCUUUUCUCCUUGAAAAAAGCUCAACAACUUUGAGCUGAACCCCCCCAAAAUGGGGGUAGAUCACUGCCAGUUUUUAAUUCUGAAAGUAGAUCGCAGUCUCUUGAGAGUUGGCCACCCCUGAUGUAUUUGAAAUGAUUACAAAAUAGAAAAACGACUGCACAGUUCAUGAAGACGGCAACAGUUAAUGCAAAUCAAUGUUUUGGGGCAUCAUUUGCAUCAUAUAAACAUCUGUGUAUACCACAAAAGUCCAAAACCAUUCCAGAAUAAUGCAUAUUUGUGCAGCUGCCCAAAAGGGAAUGUAGAGAAAGCUAGGCACACUAUCUUAGAGGGAAUUCAAUGUUGGUGCAACAGUUGACAAGACUGUCCUCUGCAUGGUCUUCUGCUGUAUUGAAAUAUCUUAACUUGUGGUUAGGCCCAUAUAUCGUUGCAGUUUAGCAUUCAAAAGGUGACUUGGUGUUGGAUUUCAUACUUUCUGUUUUGCAGGUGUUAAUGAAGAGGCAAAGGCUGCAGAACUACAGAAAAUAAAGUCAACAUCCCUAGAUAAUAGGAUGACUGUGGAUAUUGUGGAAAUGGAAGCCCUCAGGAAAUCCGUUGAGGAUUAUUUCUGCAUCUGUUAUGGUAAAUAUUUUUGUUUUAUUUAGAAUAAUGGUAUAAGCUUUAGCUUACAAAUGUUGAAGCCACUAAAAAGAGGGUUAAAGCUGGUUUGUGGAUCCUCUUCCAUUCCUGGUUCUAGGGGUUCAGGGGAGAAGAAGAAGAAAAUAUUGAGUGGAAAGUUGUCAUAAUAGAAUUGUGAUGUCCUUACUCCUGAGCUGGGAUGCAAAUGGGUCUCUCCUUGAGGAAGGCAAUAAGACCACGAAGAUGCUGAAUCCUACCUUGUUGGAUAGGCAUUUCCACCAAUUUCAUAGAUGCGAAACUAGUCUUAGGAAGAUAAACCCAUAGCUGCUUUAUUCCUUUAGGAACGGGAUAGUAAUAGCAGUUUUAUAAAGCACUAUGUAAAUAAAAUGCACUGUGUGUGUGAGAAGCAGCACUUCACACAUGUUUGCUCUGGUUCAAGUUUUCUUGUUCAAAUUUCUUUCGUAAGAUGUCACCAUGCUAGCGUCCAUUACUGUGUCUUGCAGUUCUGGGUAGUAUUUUCCACUGAAGAACAUUGUUACAGUAAGGACCAGUGUAGCUGAUGUGGUGAUGACCUGUGUUGGAGGACUAAAAUAUUCAGAAAGGCUUCAUUUACUGAGGCCAUGGGAUGUUAAUUGUUUUCAGUGUCUAUAUCCAGAAGUUCUCUCUUGGCUAUUGUAGGACCAGUAAGUCUGACAUGCUGCGCUUGUCAGAAUUGAAAUGCUUAGCAAAUAUUAAUAUUUAACAGUUUAUAGACAGGUUCUGAAAAGUUCUGUUUUUCUAAUAAUUCAUCAUCAUUGUCUAAUAAUCAACCUACAUUCAGUUACUGUUAAAGUCAGAUUGUUGCUACAAGGUCCCAGUUUUGUGGAAAUUAUGAAGGAAGCACUCCUGCCCUCCUUUUUUCCUGCUUCAGGAGUACUAUCUAUUACAGACAUAUUUUGCUUGGAGAAAUGAUUUUGAGCUUACAAGACUGAGGCAAAAAAAUGGGUGGAGGAGGGGAAAGACAAAGGAAGAAUGCAUGUUGCUGUGCAGGAAGGGGCAUAAUUGCCAUAGUUUUGGUAUCUUAUUGAUAAAGAUUGCUUUCCUCCAUCCAGGCAAAGCUUUAGGAAAGUCAACUGUAGUUCCUGUGCCGUACGAUAAGAUUCAGAGGGACCCAUCUGCUGUGAUGGUGCAUGGUCUCCCAGAAGGACUUGCAUUUAAGCAUCCCACCAACUAUGAUGUUACAACACUGAAGUGGAUUCUGGAAAACAAAUCUGGAAUCUCAUUUGUCAUCAAAAGGUGUGCUAGCACCUCCUUUUCUUGGAGCAGUUUGUUCAGUUAAAUUAUAAAGGUAAAGGUAAAGGUACCCCUGCCCGUACGGGCCAGUCUUGACAGACUCUAGGGUUGUGCGCCCAUCUCAUUUAAGAGGCCGGGGGCCAGCGCUGUCCGGAGACACUUCCUGGUCACGUGGCCAGCGUGACAAAGCUGCAUCUGGCGAGCCAGCGCAGCACACGGAAACGCCGUUUACCUUCCCGCCAGUAAGCGGUCCCUAUUUAUCUACUUGCACCCGGGGGUGCUUUCGAACUGCUAGGUUGGCAGGCGCUGGGACCGAGCAACGGGAGCGCACCCCGCCGCGGGGAUUCGAACCGCCGACCUUUUGAUCGGCAAGCCCUAGGCGCUGAGGCUUUUACCCACAGCGCCACCUGCGUCCCUUCAGUUAAAUUAUAAUUGCGUAUAAAUCUUUCUGUCUAUCCUUAAGUUUAUCUAUAAUUAUAUUGGAAGUGGGUGGUAUUUAGUGGAGCAGUGUUGCUGCUGAGUUGUGAACUUGAAAAUCUCUCGUUCAGACAUUUCCUUUGCUAUGCCAUUAUUAUUAUUAUUAUUAUUAUUUAUUAUUAUUUGAAUUUAUAUAAUGCCUUAUACCCAGAGGUCUCAGGGCAGUUCAUCUGUUGUCUGAAAUGGGCAUAAUAACACUGAGCUGUUUUCAGGGUGGCAGUAAGGAUUGCAUAUACAGUCGUACCUCCGCUUACGUAUCCCUCCGCUUACGUAAACGUCGGGAUAUGUAAGUGGCAAACCCGGAAGUAUAUUUCCGGGUUUUUGCCACGCAUGCAUGCGCAGAAGCGCUCUACCGCUGCACAUGUGUGCGCAGAAGCGGUCCCUCUGGUUGUGGAAACCUUGGGAUCUGAUCGGAGCUCCAGAACAGAUCCUGUCCGCAACCGGAGGUACCACUGUAUACAAAAUGCUUUGAAUACUUUUAAAUGCUAGUAGCUCUUUUUAGCUGUGCUUUUAAAAUAACAGAACACUUUCUUUUUAAUAGGCCCUUCCUCGAGCCAAAGAAACAUCUAGGUGAGUAGACACUUGUCUGAUCUAAAUAAAAACACUGGAAAUUUCAUUUGAUACAAUGGCCCGAUUUGCACAUUUUGGCAAGCCAGGGGAUGACUAACCCUUUUUGUACUGAGGGUUACGUUGACACAUCACCAAUCUUCCAAGGAUUGCAUCAUAAAAGUGGGUGGGGCCAAAGGGUAUAAUUUGGCAUGGCCAUUUUCUUGUUAAUGGAGAGGACAAAUUUGCUGUGUGUCUGUCUCAUUCUCACAAACCAUUUAACACCACAGAUCGUAGCAGGGGACCUGCAGGAGUGGUCAGUUUAAAAAUGUUAUUUUUAAAAUAUUUUGGGGCAGUCACAGACCCCUUUUGCUUGCACAGCCAGUCACUGCUUGUCAAAUCUGGCUUUUGUUACAUUAGGGUUAGGUAGAGAUCAAUCUGUUAAUUGAUCUGACCAGCAAGCAAGCCUAACUCAGAAGCCCAUAUAGGCAUCAACAGGUAUUUUCUGAAUCACUCUGGCCUGUAACUGUUAGAGACUUUCUUUGCUGGUGUGACUGACUUUUCUCUUUCUCUCUCUGUAGUUUGCAGGGCCUGGCUGAAUUUUUGUGAGACCUUUGGUCCCAGAUUCAGGACCUGCUGUGACCUUGAGUUAUGAUACUGGUGUUAUGCCACUAGUAGUAUUAAUCUUUCUAGGGGAGAGUAUUUUCAACCAGUUCCUAUUAUUAUUAUUAUUAUUAUUAUUAUUAUUAUUAUUAUUAUUAUUAUCAUCACAGAUGCUAUUCCUUUACACAACCAAAUGCUGCCGGUGCUGUGAUUUGCUGCAUUUUAGUUUUGUACCUUGUGCUUAGAUUCUUUGGGAUGAAGAGUAGGCUAAAAGUAGCUUGAAAUAAAUAAGUGAAAAUGUGGAGUCCAAGUGAUACUAGUUUAACCUUACUCUAGAAUUAUAUAAUUGGGUGUGAAAUAUAAGCACCACAUUAACAGAUAACAUUUUAUUCCUUGCAGCACCUCGGAUGACAGAUUCCUCUCACACAGUAACAUCCCCAGGUGGAAGGUAGAAUAUUUUUUGUGCUUUUCUGUGGUUGUUGCUUUUUUCCAACAGCUUUUCUCCUGUUGGUGCAAAAAUAAUAAUUCAGAAAGGACAUCUUUCAACCACAAAAUACGGUUUUGAAUAUUCGUCUUUCAUUUAAAAUACUCAUUUCCCCAUCAUCAUAGUUUGCCAGGCUGCUGACAGCAUCCUUUGUAAGCACACUUAGAUAAUUUUAAAAAUCCUAAAAUACAAGAAAUCAGUCUCAUCAUCAGGAUCAAUCUUGUUAAAAGCCUAAGAGUAUUUGGUGCCAAAAGGCCAUCUGAGUUGAUGCCAGACAAAAAUAUGUGUGAUGACCUUCUCAUCCAUCCAGUUGUCUGUCUUGGCUGAUGGGGCCCUUUUGACCUUUGUAAGAACCACACCUGCCAUUUCAAACCAGAAAAGAAGUUUCCAGCCCUUGUAGUUGUGAGGAAAAAUGUGAAAACAGCCCAGUGUGUCUCCUAGCCCUAGGAGCCUAACGUAAAAUGUUCUCUGGUUUUUUAAGAUUUCACCUCCAUGUUGCAUAGCUCUGGUAUAAGCACAGGUUUGGGAUAUCAUUUGGCACAUCUACAUCGCUUCCAGGGCAACAGAGAAGGGCAAGAGUUUAAUGAAAAAGCACCUGCUUUACAUGCAGAAGGUUCAAACAGGGAGAGCAUCUUCAUUUAAAAGGCUGUUGGAUAGCAGGGCUGGAAAGGACCCUACCCGACACCCUGGACAGCUCCUGCCAGUUUCAUGGGCUAGUACCAGGUUAGAUGGGCCAGCGGUCUAACUCAGUUAAAGACCGAUCCAUAGGAUGUUUGUUAUUGCAUUCACGGUUUGCAUUAACAUACUCUUUUUUUCAUGCAUUCAUCUAGCUGCCCUGCCAUCCAGGUGAAGACUGAGCCCAGUGAAGAUUCUGGUAUGUAUCUCUUACUUCCUUGUUAAUAUUUGUCUCUUGAGCAAUAGGGGAUUGUGGUAUAUAUACAUCACUUAAUAUACAUAUUUACGUUAUUAUUAUUUCAUGGUAAUAUGGAAGCUAGAACUUAGUGAACUUGCCCUGUGCCUUCUCCCCUGGCCGUAUGCAUCCCACUUUAAGACCCAUUCCACUUGAAUGAUCCCAUCAGCAUUUGAAUGCACAGUAGAACCUUGGUUCUCGAAUGGCUUAGCUGCCGAACAAAGCAGCACCUGAAAGCUGCAAACCUGGCAGGAAGUGUUCCGGUUUGCGACUGUUUUUUGGAAGCCAAACCUCUGACGUGGCUUCUGCUUGAGUGCAGGAAGCUCCUGCAGCCAAUCAGAAGCUGUGCCUUGGUUUUCAAAUUGUUUCGGUAGUCGAAUGGCCUACCGGAACAGAUUAAGUUCGAGAAACAAGAUGCCACUGUAUGUGCUUAGUGGAUCUCGGUAAGCAUUAAUAACGUGACUGCUUGUAGUAUAUCUGAUUACUUCCGUACAUACAUACAUACAUACAUACUUACUUACUUACUUAGUAGAUUUCAGGGCAGUCCACAGCAUAAAAAUACAAGGAUAUAGCAUAUCUAAUUAGAAAGGAACUGUCUCUCUGCUCUAGUAUAACAUGCAAAAGAACCACUGAUAAUUGGGUGCUUUUAAAAAGAUGUGGUCUGGCUUUGCAUGGCAGCAAUGGGGAGUAUUGCUGCAUGGGGAAUUUCCAUUGGAUUCGGGUGCUUGGUGGACAAGGCCUUAAUCCAGGUAAGGCCUUGUCCACCAAGUACCCAAAUCCAGUGGAAAUUAUUACCAUCCCUAAUAGACCUGCUCGUGGGCUUCCAGAGAUUCCCAGUAAGCUGCUGUUGGGGGAAGUGGGGAAUGGAAAGGAUGUGCACGAUUCAAUCCACAACUCCUAGUUGUAUUGAAUGAACUUGUGUGCACUCGUAACUCUGUCAUUGUUUCUUUACGUGAGGAUGCCUGCCAUGGUUGAAAACUAAACGCCAGACAAAAUGGGCCUUUAUUUGAUAAAGCAGGACAACUCUUGUCUUUUUCUUUAAUCUUUCUUUCUUCAGCCUUGUCUUAUCUACCCCACAGUUGCAUAGCUAUUAAUAAUGGACAUGGGGCAUAAAGUGGAUGUGUGCUCUCAUUGCGAUUUAUUGCUUGAGCACACCUUGAAGCGAGUUUGGACACUGCAAGGGGGAGGGAGUAUGAUUUUCUACUUUUGUAAUGUUUGAACUGAAUGAAAGGUUACUUGAUGCACAAGAAACCUGGAAUCCCUCACACUGUAACAAUACUAAUAAUAAAUUAAUAAAUUUUAUUUAUAUCCCGCCCUCCCCAGCCGAAGCUGGGCUCAGGGCAGCUAACAACAAUCAAAAUAAUCCAACAUUCUAAAAACAUUCAUUAUAAAAUUAAUUAAAAUCAACAAGCUUUCGCUCAAAAUGUUUUGGUUUUCUUGAGGCUUCAGAAGAGGGUUUUUUUUUUUGCUUUGGAAGCCUAAUUGCCAAUGUAAAUGGCUGACACUUGUUCUUCUUCAGGGCUUGAGAUGGUAACAGUUAAAGAAGAAUCUGAGGAUCCCGACUAUUAUCAGUUUAACAUUCCAGGUAACAUUGAGUGUAAGACUUUUACUGUGCAGGCUGAAAUCAUGAAUGUUAAAAUAUACUGGUGGAAAGGCAAGUGAAAGUGGAGGCUAUUGGAGGAGACAGAACAAUCAGAAAGGGCCCUGGUUCUAAUGUGAACUUAAAUUAUUUGAGGCAGGGUUUUCCUUUGGUCAGGGGAUUCUUAUGCAUGGCUCCUGCUCUUUUUUCCUGCUGCUUUUGGUCCUUGUUCUGCCAUUGUCUGUGCUUUUCCCUCCCUUGUUCUCUCUCUCUCCCUCUCUCUCUCCUUCCGUCAUCUCUCAAGGCCUUGGCAAACGUUUUCUAGGUGCUGGAAUAAAUUAAAUAAUUUAUAUAGGUCUGUACAAUAAGUGUCUUAUCCAUAUCCUAACCUGUAUUACAGGAAAACAAGCUUGGAUUUCAGUGUUGCAAAUGGGUACUUUUGAGGGAGGGGAGGGUGUGCAGUUGUUCACCUGCCUUGAUAUUUCAGGCUACAGAAGAUUAUUCUUAUUCUUUAUGAGUGCUUAUAUUUAUGACAACUCUGUCACUGGUUCAUCACACUGAAUACUGACUAUUGUUACAAAGAAUGAAAUUAACCUGUACAUUGGCCCAUUUUGUGUUGAAGGCUUUAAAAAAGUGGCUGUGUUAACAUUGCCAGUGUUAUGAGGUACAAAAAAGCAAAACAGCCACAUUCAGUACUUCUAAAUAUCUUUUCUUUUAGCAAGGCAUUGUCAAGUAUAUAUUUGAUGUAAACCCUUGUGCACAUAGCUUAUGUGUAUGGUUUAAUAGAAAUGGUCUAGCUUGCUGUACUACUAAAGACGAGUGGAGUGUGCAUAUUUUUUCCCUGUCACUAUAUGCAAAUUUCCUGAAAAGCCUCUGUCAUAGUCAAAGCUUACUGUUAAGUAGGUUUCUUCUUGAUCCUAGCCUCUAACAAAUGUUGUAUGUCUUCCAGGACUAUGGUCUAAAGGCACAUGAUGUUAUGAUCUUACUUGUGCUAAGCAAGUCUCCAUUUGGGGAUUGCUUUAAUGGGAGACUGGAAGCCCUACGUACAACAGUUUGAAUUCUGUCAUAAAAGGAAAUUGGGCAAUAAUAUAAUGAAAUGUUCCCCUUCCCAAUUCACAUUUGUCUUCUAGCUGCCAUUACUAAAAGAAACAAAAACCUUCAAUAUUUCUUUUUCUGUUGGCUUAUUGGUAGUGCAGAAGGAAAACUAACAAUGAUUUUGGGAUUUAACUUGAAAUGGUGAAUGGAAUAUGGUCAGCCCCGCAACCUACUUCUUGUGAGCUCCUUUGUGACUUCACUUUCCCUGUUUUAAUGGCCCAUUUGUGACACCCACUGUCCAGGGAGAUGGAUUUUGAGAAUAGCAUGAUUAACUGGAUACUAGCUUAAUGUCGCCUAGUGACCCGUCGCCUAGUGCUGGCAUCGCAAGUCAAUGAAACACAGCGGAUCGGUGCCAGAAAGUUGAAUGUUGUUGCUCUUACAGAUUAGUGGCAUAUAAAUUUGAAUAUAGAGGAUGUGGCAGUGCUCUGAUUUUCCUUGCAGAGCCACCUGUGGCUCUGUUUCUGCAACCAAGAGAUCACUGGACUUGCAAAGCCUUCCUCAGCAUUGGCUCCUCUCCCCUGCCACAUCUUGUUGAUACUACAUUCUCUAGCUUGUUGGAAAAGAGCAGAGUACUGUAGUGUUGUCCCUACUGAAUCUCCUUUGAAGCUUUUAAUUCUGGUGCACGCAGUUGUGGUAAUCCUGCCUGUCUCUUUCCAGCUAGGGCAGGUGUUGUGUGCUUUGUGUGUUCUCUCUCUUUAAAAGGUAGUAGAAAGGGGAGGGUCAGUACUUUGCAAGAGUUAUUAUGACAUGACUAUUAAUUUUCCUUAUUAAAAAGGAAUAUGUAAAGGAGUCUUUCAUGGGCAAGGAAUUCCAAAUUGUUUAAUAUGAAGGCCACUUUCACCCAAUUCUACAGAGGUAACAACCUUGUGAGUGUUCUCAUGAUCCCUUAAUGUUUCAGUGGAGAAAAAGAGAAGAGUCAUGAUCCCUUGCUUUUUUUUUUUUUUUUAUCAGAUGUUCUUUCCCUAUUUAACUCUCUUCUUUCUCUGAAUUGGUUCAAUUGAGAGUUUAUAAGCUUUUCAGAUAAGCUUCUGAUAUGUCCCAAUUAUUAGUUAGAAUAAUUCAGAAUAUUUAUCAUUCACUGUAUUUUUAUCCCACUUUCCAGACACAUGUUGUCUCUCAAAGGGGUUCACAUCAAUAAUAAUAAUAAAAAAGACGGGCCCUGCCAUCAGGCUUGUAAUCUGAGAAGACAAAGACUCUCAAGGUUGGGAGAGCUGCCUUUGACGGCUUUCUGACUGGCAGAAACUUAGCAGGUGCAGAAAUAGAUUGAGAUGGCUCUGGACCAACAGCACAGCAGAAAAAUAUCCCUUAUUCUGUUAAUGUGCAAGGGUUUAUGCAUGCAGAGAGAAAAAACAAGAAAGGGUUAAGUUAGGUGUGCUGGUUAAUUCUGGGUCUUUUUGCUCUGCACCUGCAACUAGUUAAGCAUGUGAGAGUGAGUCAGCAAACUUGAGAGUGGGACUGCAACGCUGGCAGUGUUGGAGCAUGUUGCUGGCUUGUGCUUAAGGUGUUUGCUUUCUUUGUUGAUGAGAUUUGUUAGGGGUCUGUGAGUUGGUUGAAGAUGUAAAGCACUGUUGGUAAAUACAGAAAAUGGAUGGUGGGUAAAUCAUAGUUUUUGCUUAAGAUUGUUUUCAGAAAAAAAGUGUAUGAUCUCUUUUCUCAGUAUUGGUCUGUUUGGUAGGGACAGAUUCUGGGGGAAUGCCAUUAUGUGGCCUUCCUGCUGCACCAUAACUGGUUGCUACUUUAAUGGAUGGGACACUGAUAAGACAGGAAAUUGAGAACUGAAGUUUUGUGUUGGCUGGAUUUGUAAACUGAUGAACUGGAAGAAUCGUGUGCUUCGCUUGAUAGAAAAUGGAGGGUUUUGAAGGGAUAGGUGGGACUUGGCAAAAAGGGAAUAUUUGAGACUCACUUUAGCUCAGUUCAGAUACCAUACCAAACCAUCCAAGCGUAAUUGGUUUGCUUUGAUGUCUGGUGAACACUGACUUGUGAGCAGCUAUCUAACCCAAAUCAAAAGCUGUAAUUUGAAGUGGGCUGAAAAGUCAUUGUUUGUGCUACUAUGCUUUGGAGUGUUGAAUUGUUCGACCGUAGUAUGUUGCUCCAUCUCCAGACAAGCUGCCCUAAACUGCGGCUUGCCUUAGUGUUAACUAAAGCCAUGUUUUGGCGGAUGUGCGAAUUGAGUUGCUGCUUGUUUCACAACAAAGAGCUAGAUGACCCUUGGAAUUCUCCUCCAUGCUGUGAUUAUAUGAAACAAUUCCUAUUUUGUUUCUACGGUUUCUUUAUUCAGCUGAGCAUGCUCUUGUAAUGGGACGGGAAAAUCUUGGGAAGUGAUUUUUUUUAUGGCUGUCUUUGUUUAUCAAAGCAGGUCCUUCAGAAACUUCGGCGAUUGAUGAGAAAAUCGCCAUGGCAAAGUCUUACACAGGUAUAGCAAUUCACUUGUUCAUCAUCACAGUGCUAUUUCUCACAACAGCAUUGAUACCUCAGUAGCCAUGUUCUGCCUGCCAACAGUACUGUUCUCCAAUAUUGGUUUCAAUAAGUGGCUUGAUUCCCGCCCCCCCUUCGUUUCGUGAAAGAGAGCUGUAAUUCUACCCUGACCCUACUCUUGUUUGACUUUCAUUCAGGGGACUUUUGUCUACCUAGAAAUACUGUGAAUUUACUGUUGUUGGCCAUUCAGACCCUGUAAGCUUAUGUUUUCUAUGGAAAAUACAGAAAGGCCUUUCUAUUCCUAUAAAAAUGAAAUCUCAGAUAAAAAUUGUGUCAAAUAACAUUUUGAUCAGACUUAUUUUGCCACAUUUUCCAUUAAAUGUUGUUGUUGUUGAGUCAGGAGGGAGAACAGUUAUGAAUUAUGAAGGGAAAGUAUUGAAGGCUUUAUGGCAGAACUUGGAAGAAUUUUGUUCCAGCUUCAUAUUUAUGCGCCCCUCCCAACAUGUUUUCAAACAUUGUGCUAUCCAAAUUGUGUCUAUGUUUUCAGCAAGGCUCUUCUGAACUAUAGAUGGCCUAAUUGUGUUUGCCUUUUGCGAGGAGUGCACUCUGCCAAAAAAAACCUUUGGUUUUAUGUGAAAGAAAAUGGGAGCAGAGAUUGAUUGUUGACACAGACUCUUUUUUGAAAUGAUCCUGCUUGAGAUGAUGGUGCAAUAUGGGCCAGGUUCACUGGUCCAUAAAAUCUCUACUCCGUUCCUUGGGAUACUAAUUCUGAAAUUUCAAGUGUUGACUAGUGCCCUCCUUAUUCUUAUGAUGGUGUGUUUAUAUUUGUCUAAAGGAAGCAACCAGGGUUCCGAUUGCAGUGAAGGAACAGAUGUGGAAUUGCCAGUAGAAGGUUAGAGAUAUGUAAAUUUAAAAAAAAUUAAAAACUCUGGAAAGUUUUUUUAAAAAAAUAAUUAUUAAAAGAACACUUAAUGCAAACAUGUCCAUUGUGUUCGUGUCUUGCAUUCUUUUUUCCAUAUUCUACAUGGUUGUAUUUUUAUUUUCAUCCCCUUGAGUUGUGAUCCUGCAUGUUUAUUGUGGACAACUAUUGAGAAGCCUUUGCAAGAUGACCCCCAUCUCCUUCUCUUUCCUUCCACACCUUCCAGUGAGCUAUAGAAGCUGUUGAAAAAGAGCUAAUAAAGUUAGCAUCCUACUGCCUUCUUCAUGACUGUGGUGGCUUUUGCUAUAUAUCACACUUUUCCUUAGGAGGUCUGAGUGAGUAACAGCAUUACCCAAUGUGAUAUGCUUGAAAGCAUGAGGACAGCGUUUGUUUUUGAAAGUAAGACAGUGACUUAAAGCUCUAGACUUACAGUGACCUCGAAACUUGUGAUUUCUAAGCCCCUCUUUUGGUUACUUUUGAAGGGGACGAAUUAUGUGGGUCUAGCAAUGCAAGGUUUGGUGCAACAGAACAUGCAUUUGUUUACAUCCUGAAUAUGUCAAUGUGUAGUGAAAAACAGUGUGCAAAGCCCUUCAGUUCAUGCUGCUCCUAGUUGGAAUGUUUGUUGAGUAAGUUACCUGCCUCAAAUCUUAUGGAGAUCCACUGCCUCCCUGAGAAUGUGAAUCUGUCCUUUCAAAAGGAAAUGCUAAAUACACUGUUGAUUUGAAUUUUGUAGUUUUGGCAGAGCCACUCUAAAUAGGCCUGAAUAUCAGUUCUGCCUGACCUCCAACAGUUCUGAAUUGCUUGGCCACAACUUCACCUCAGAAAAAUAUUCCGCUAUUUUUGAACUGUCAUUGAAUCAGCUCUGUACUGGGGUGUGGCUUUGUGAAGCUUGGAUUUAGUGGAUAUAUGGAUGAGGUGGGAGUGCCUUUAUUUCCUUGUGAAACACGAGGAAAUUAAAUUGCCAACUUAUCAACUAGUUUCUAGCUCAACCUAUCCUUACUGAACCUGGAAAUACCACUGGAAGUGCUUUUCUUGUUGGAGUAUGAUGCCUCUGCUCAAACUAAUGGUUCGUUCUGUUUUGUUUAAUGUUAUUUUAAAGUGUUACGUGUUUCCUAAUCACAUUUUGGAUAGCUGAAGACGCUGCACUAUUCCUUCCAGGGUUGUACGUUUUUUAAAAAAUGUUUUGCUGGACUCCAUCUGCAAACUUGAUUAUUAUUUUUUUAACCUGCUCGGCAUCUGCAAAGAAAAACUGCAGAUGCAAUAUGCUUUAAAAAAGUGUUUCUGAAGUCUGUGAGAGAUGGGCAGUUUAACUGGUGAAAUGGAAACAUUAUAGAAAACCUUUUGAAGGUGUGUGCGUUUUUAGAGACUGUUAAAGGAAUCCGUGUCUUAAGGGAUAUAAGUAGAAUGUUAUUGUCAAGGAGUUGGAUCCAACAAAGGUCUCCUCAGAGUAAGACUAACCUUGAAUACAACUCACAAACCUUUCUCUUGUAUGAUCUCUUUUGUAUCAUGAAUACUUUUGGACAUGUGUUAUACACGUGGAGAUUGCUUCCUUGCCAGCUUUUGACCCUUGACUUGAUGUUAUCAGUACAGAUGAUCCCAUGGAAGAGAGAUUUUUGGUCAACUGGAUGGAUUCAUGGAUUAGUAUCUUCCACUGUACACUGUGGUUACUUAGAAAAGAAAAUCCAAGUACAAUCACUUCUAUAAGAACUAUGUUGUGUGAAGAAAGUAGAACUAAAGUAGCAAAAUAACACAUUGAUUAGUGUAUCACUAGUACAGAAUUAUUUCAGCACUUCAGAAGCUGGAACUGAAAGCUGGAUGCAAAUAUCUCUGAUGUGAACUACCCUACACCUAUCAGAGAACUUUCUAUAAGGUACAUUGUGGUAUAAUUUCUGUAAAAUGAUGCUUAACUGAAGGCCAGUAGAAUUAGAUUUGAUAGGGUAACUUGAAAAAAUAUCCUCUUAACACUGCCUUGCUAAAGUUCAUAAACCUGUUUGCUAACCUGCCUAUCUGCUUUACACAUCCCUAUUUUAACAAUUUAUAUAAAAUUUAUGGCCUGAGAGAGAACUGGUUAGAAAGCUGUUUCACAAACUUCCUGUUAGGUUGCUGCAGGAGUGUCUUCCUAUCCAUGAGCGACCAGACAAGUGGCUGUCUCUGAACUUGUUCUUAGAUACCUUGGAAUCAGCCAGCUAUGCCUGCUCACACAAUUUUUCAGUAUCUUCAUUAGUUACGAUCGUCUAGAUCCAUCUAUUGGGCUAGUAGUGAAAGUGGUGUACUCAGUUAUGUUGCCUGUAAACGCAUCCAGAGGACAGCACUGGCAAAUUGCUGCUAUGGAUCUCUCAAAAUAUCUUUAUCUUUUUGGGCUAAUGAGCUUUUGAAUCCAGUCCUCUUCCUGCUCCGUGUCAUUUACUCUGAAUUAACAGUUGAACCUUUUUUUUCAAAUUUGAGGAAGAAUGUUCCAAAGGAUGUGAUGGAAAUAGAGACCUGCAUGAAGCUAUUGCCAGAAGACUCAUUUGUGCUUUUAUUAUGGGAAUUCAGAAGUUGACAAAGCAACUUAAUGUGUUGGUCAAACCAGUAGGAUUGCAGCUGCUGGUGGGGCUCAAUACACUGGAACCUUCUGCUCCUGUCAGCAAUUUCAAGUGUCUUAAGAGUUGUCCUUCUGGUUGCUCAUGAUUUGAUGUGCUUCCUUACUUUGGCAAUGGGGGCAAAAAGGCACUAAGAGCAGCAUGUUUUAGGAUGCACUCCACAUUGGUGGUCCCACGCCAGCCAAAAUUCCAUUUACGUUGGCAGGAAAUCCAACCUCUCACUGAGAUAUCGUCGCUUUGUGAAAAGUUGGUUGCUAUAAACGUCUGGAGUUAACGUGAAAACAAGAUGUUCCACUUGCUUAUUUGGAUCCAUUUUGCCAAUUGUAGGAGAUAUUCCAUCGAUGAAAACUUUUGACUGUGUUUUAUUACACAACGUUUUACAAAUACUAAUGUAUUGUAACAUUUUCAAUUUGUACACAUAUAUAUUGUUUUAAUUGUGUUGUGUGAAAGAAGAGAGACUUGUAAACAUAGUAUCUUCAGCAAUGAGUGAGAAAAUGUUUGACAAUGAAAAGAUAAGUGAACCUAGGAGAAGGCGACUCUCAGCAGCUGCUGCACCUGUAGCUUAGCACUUAGAAAUCUCCAUUUCCUUGGCAACAUCCCAUAGGACUUGAGGCUUGUGAUAAAGUAUUUUGGCCUCUGUGUUUGUGAGUCUCUUAUUCAUAGUGCACCACACACUUGUUGAUUCGCCAUUCUGGAGUAAAACCGCUCUUCCAGUUCCCGCGCCGUUCAGACUUGGUUUUUUGUUCUGCUUUUUUCAGAUUCUUCUCAACAUGCCACUUCUGAAACAAGUGAGGAUCCUGAAGUGGAAGUGACCAUUGAAGGUUGGCCAUUUUCUCAGCUAAUACUAUUUUGCUCACUUGUUUCAGAAGAAUCUCAGUCAUGUGGCGUUGUGCGCAUCUCCUCUAUAUACCCCCCCAAAGCCUUUCUCGUACUGUAAGAUAACAUUUGCUGGGCAAGAUAGACAUUAAAUGAUUGAAAACAAGUUGUCAACAUUUUUAAAGGCGUCUCUUAGAGGUGUCUGUAUUAAGAGUGCAUGUGAAAACAAACCAAAUUAUUCAAUUAGCUGGGUUUUUUGUUUUGCUUUUCAGAGGAAAUAAACAAGAAGUUUGGGCAGACUGUUUUAUUUUGAUACACUUUGUUGGGAAAAUAUUAUGGAUGUGGGAGUUCUCCGGAGUGGUAGGAGACCUUAAGGAGGAUCAGUUUGUUUAGGGAAUACAGCAACUGAAAAGUGUUGCUUGCCUGUUAUCCCUAGGAUCAUUUGGGUCUUGCAAAACUUGUAAGGUGGAGGACGGAUAGGCAAUAUAUUCUGACAAACCCCGUGAUUGGUUUGGAAAGUAGAAAGUAAAUUGUGAAUCUGAAUACCUAGCCUCAAAGGUCUGAGUGCUGUAUAUUCCUUAAGCAAAUCUUUUGUGUUAAAUCUUUCUCCUCUCCCCACCCCCUUUGCUUCUUUUGUAAAUCUCCUCUUGUGUAUAGCCUCUUGUGUGUGUUAGUUUUUAAACACACCAGUCUAUAACAGACACUAUGCUACACCUCAAAAUAGGAAGUAGAGCAAAUGAGAUGAAUUACUAGAAUGGAAUAUUUACAUUAGGAGGGCUUGGUUUCCUGUCUAGAUUUUGCAACUUCUAGACCUUGCUACUAGUAAGUUAGUUUUUGGGUUAAUCUGUUAAAGGGUUGUUGAUAAAGCUUCCAAUAGUGCUUCUAGAUUAUGAAUUGCUAUUCCUCUUGCCUGUGUAGUGAGGUGUUCCUUAUGUCAUAACAGUGAAGCAGUAGUCAUAUUUCUCAGUUUGGGGUGAAGGAGGCAUCCGGUAGAGUGGGUUAAUUCCUUUUGAAACUGAGCCCAGGCCUAAAGGUUCCUCGCUCAAUUGAUUCUGUGCCUUUGCUCAAUAUAGCCUUUCCUCUCGGCUCCUCCUCUGAUUUACCUUGCCUGUGAACUGCUAGUUUUCCCCCUGACCCUUUCCCUUUCCCCUUCCUCUUCCUAGUCUGCUGCUCCAGUUUGUUGUUUCUUUUUAAUAAUCUUUUAUUGCUCUCCUUUAUUUUAUUGCCUUUUCUUCCUUCAUUAUGGCCCCCUUGGGAAAGCAAAUAGUGACAUCCACAUAAAAAGAAAGGAAUUCCAUAUGUCAGAAUGGGGAAGCAGACUAAGCCAAUCAAGUCUCUGCUGUAGCUACUACAGAGCCUCCCACUGUGGGCCUCCACCAUGUACUGAUUCAUUCUUAUCCAGAACAAUUGGAGUCUCUCCCCUCCCAUCUCCCCAUGCGCAGUCCUAUCAAUGACUACCACUAUCAUAGGCUCAAACGCACUCGCAAACAACUGAGGAGUGAAGGAAAAACAUUCCUCCUACCUCAGGUAGAGCAGAAAGAGGUUGUGAAAAGGGGAUUGUCAGGAUGCCAUUUUUUCCUUCUCUCAGCUUCUUUGUGCCAGGCAUCAUUUAGGGACUUAGUGAACAUACUGUAGCAUCUCUGCUACAUCACUGUUAUCCCCAUUGCUUCUUCAGGUUUACCUAUAAGCAGAUACAUUUCCAGUAUACUGUAACGGCCUUGGGCCUUGGCUUGACCUCAAGAGUUUUCACGAUUUCAGUUACAGGGCAUGCAUAUAUACCAUUAUCUUGAAGGUCUUCUCCUUAGUUCAUCUUGGGUCGAGGCUCAUCAGGACUUAACAGGCAACAGUAACCCCCAGCAAGAUCACUGCUUUAUUUUAAACAAAAGGUGGAAACUACCUGUCUCCAUGCAGGACACUCCAGCACCUGAGAACUGGUUCAUCUAUCUUUCACAUAAGAGAACCCAGAACUCCUCUUGGACCGCAGAACUCCUUACAUAUCACAAAAUGAUGGAUCUCUCAGCAGGAGCCUACACCCUGGGCCUGAUUAUUCAUACCUAAGCCAUACAAUAGCUGUAUGGCUCAAGGUAUGCAUUUUCUUGGCCUAUGAUGCUCAGUGCUUGGAAUGAACUAGUUCACUUGAAAAAAGUUCAUUGAUGAACUUCAUUGGCAAAUGCUGGGACAGAGCAACGGGAGCUCACCCUGUCACGCGGAUUUGACCUUGUGCUUCAGGGCAGCAGUAGAAAGUUUUUUCAAAAGCUGUUGAGGGUGAACUUUUUAAUUUAUAAAAAUUGCCGUUUGAACUGAUGCCAUUCCUUUUUAAAAUGAACUUUCAAAGCAGUGGUGAUUCUCGGCAAAAUGUCAUGACAUGCUAGGCUUGUCAUACGUCAGGUUUUCGGGUGUAAAAAUGUCAUCAGCUCCAAAAGCCUAAAAUCACUUAACAUCAACAAUUUGGGGGUCUUCCUUAAAAAAAGCCCAAAUACGGCAACCCCAUGACAUAAUCCACAAGUAGCAGCAGCUUCCAUUUCCACCAUGAGGAAAUUUCCCUCUACUUUCAUUGGACAUUGCAAGUUGGACUAUUUGGCUUCCGCAGUGGCAGCCUUUGAGAGGAGAGUGCUCCAGCAUGAUUUGCUUCCCGAAGUUCAGGGUUGCUAAGGUAUGCCUCCUUCACCCCAAACUGAGAGGAAAACAUUAGACACAAGUUUCCUUCUAGUUUGGGGUGAACAAGACACCAUCUAGCUGGCUGCACCCUAUUCUGACCAGCAGGUUGAUUCACGUGUACACCUUUGCAGUUCACUCUUUCCUGGGGCCUCCAGCUUGACCUUGUAGAGUGUGAAGUUCCGUGCUCUCUUUUCUGUCAUUUCUCCUGUGGCUCUAGGUUUUAAUUUGCAAUUUCUCAUCAUUCUGUCUUAAGCACAGCCACAGGAAACUGGGGAAGAGCCUACAGGACUGAGUUAAAUCUCCAAAAGCUGGCCGCAUAAUCCUUCCCUUCCUUGGUGAAAUGAGGAGCUAUGCUAUUCUCUUGGAUGCCUCAUUCACCCCAAACUAGAAGGGACCUUCACAGGAAGUGCCCACCAUUAGUUCCUCCAUAUGAGGAAAUUUAAAAAGCCUGGUAGCGCUUCCUGCAUAAGGAGCUAAAGGAGUUGUGUUCAGCAGUGGCAGGUUUUUUGGGGUAUAUGCUUGAUUGCCUUGCACUAUCUGUUUGAAGUAGUACAACUCAAGAGCUUAUAGACCCUAGUUCACUUUUAGGGCCCAUGCUCUUCAAAACAGCAUUUUUCUCUCAUUUUCAGCGAUGAGAAAACUAGCCUUAGAUUUUCUAAAAACAGCGCAAAACUUUAGAGUGCAAGUCUUGUGAUACAACUUUCUUGUAUUGAUGUUGAUGGACAGUGACUGCACAGUGUGGUGUCUGUUGGCUUCCCUUUCAGCAGCUCUUGCACUAAUUUUAAAGUGGGGGAUUUGUGAAGUGGUUUUGGGUUUGAAUGGAGGAGGGCUGCUGAAAGGACAACUAUUAGGGACACUAAAGUGUGUUUAUCUGGCAUCAGGGUGUCUGGCAUCUAUCUUUCUCUCUUCCCCCAAUAAUCAUUUAAGUGAUGUUUGCAACCUUAAAUAUCUUAUUCAACAUUCUUACUGUAGAUACAGCAGUUUCUUUCUGGAAAGGAUUAUCUAUUCCUGGAUGUAACAGUCCUAUCCAGUUACCACUGAAAUCUUCCCAACCUUUUCCAGUUGCUUGCAAUUUCUAUUUAUGCAGUUGAUGCUGGAAUAGAAACCAAUUUUUCCUUUCUUCCCCCACCGUCUCCUAAUUAUUUCCUCUAUGUCAUGCUGUUGUUGAACCACUGGAUCUGGGAGAAGCUUUAUCCUAUGAUCUUUAUGAUACUUCAUUUUCAAAAUCAUCUGACCUGAUGUGGUAUCCAUUAUAUAUUUGGUACCAGUAGGGUUGUUGGGUGUCCCUUAACAGUAGAAAAGGGCCUCAUUUAAAACAUGUUGGACAAUGCUGCUGUGCAUAUUCUAAUUCCAUUCGCAUAAUUUGAAUAUUAAAUGAGAAAUUUGGAUGCCAGGCUCUGACCAGUCAGCGUAAUGCAUGUGGAAUUUUUUCCUCCAGAAUAAUUAUCCUCCUCCAACAGCAAAUAAUUUUGAGUUAGAACCAUAACACCUUGAAAGACAUUUAGGCAUAAUAGUAACAGCAGCCAUGAUGCAUAUAUCUGUAUUUUUCUGUCUGAAGAUGAUGACGACUACUUACCACCUCAUAAGAAGACAAAGAGCACAGAACCAGUCAACGAUGCUGCCAAUUGUGGAAGAAGAAAAGCUAGAGAAUUCAAUUUUGGUAAGUUUAAGAGUAAAAUGGUUCCUAACCUUCUUCACAGUUUUGUUGGCCUGGCUCCUGUUGGCUAAGGUGUAUUCAAGCUUUCACUUGAAUUGGUACUGAAUAUGACUGUAUCUCUAUUUGAACAUAUGAAACUGCCUUCCACCCCCCCCCCCAAGCCUGAGACUGUUCUCUCUAGUUCUGUGCUGUCCAGCAACAGCUCUCCAGGUACAAGUUGUUUCCAAAACCUUAAUAUCUGAGAUGCUUUAAGCUUGAAGUGCCAGAGCUUGAAUCUGGGAUGUUACACGUAAAACGUAUGUGCUCUGCUAUGGUGCCGCAACACAGAACCCCUUGCCUUCAGUACCAUUAGAUCUUGUUUCUCAAAGUGGAGGUACCAGCAGAAGGUUUUCCUGGGAUGCCUUGAAGAUCCGGGAGACUUGUGUAGGAGGAGACAUUAGCCCCUUAUUUUUAUUUUAAAAAAUAAUUUUUAUUGGUUUUUCAAUAAAUGCAUCCUUUAUUAAAUAUCUCUCUAACAAUUUUCCAUUUUUUUCCUGCCCCCCUCCCCUGGACUUCCCUCAUACUUCCACUUCAUUUUACUUUCAGUUUAUUUAUCCUGUGCAUUAUUUCCCCAGUUAAUUCCUAAUACAUCUCAGAUAUUUACAUCUAUUUUUUAUUAUAUACAUUAUAUACAUUUGUGAAUGCUUACUCAAACCCUGCCAAUGAGUCCAACUCUUCAUGUUGUCUCUUCAUAUAUAUUGUAAAUGGUUCCCAUUCUCUUUUGAAGUCUUUGUUGUCCCUUUCAUGUAAUUUAUCUGUUAAUUUUGCUAAUUCUGCAUAUUCCAUGAGACAUUGGCCCCUUAAACACUAUGAUUUAAUGCGCUGUGGAUGAGCCUCAGUACGUCUGAGCAAAGUGUCAGGUUCAUCUGCUCUCCUCAUCCUCCUGCAUGAUCAGGGACUUCUGCCAAGUUUAGUUUCCCUUUUAAACAAUUUCCACUUUGUAUUUCUUUUGAACCAGCUGGUUUAAAACAGCUUGUUUUAAGUUCCUUAACAUGCCAGCUUGAAAAUGAAUUGUUUAAAACAAUGGUUUUGUUUAAGUAGGGUUGCUGGUUUAAAUGUAGCACUAAGCUGUUUUUUGGUUUUGUUUUUUUACAAAAUGCAACCAGGCUUGUCCUGCUGGAUGUUCAGGGGAAGAUGAAACCUUAUUCUUUACUUUGGAUCAUUGAAGUCCAUCCACAUAGCAUGCCCAUGGUUUAGUAUUAUGUGUGGAUGUGGCCACUCUUGCAGAAGCACUUCUUCAAGCUUACUUGAACUUGAACGUCAGUAGAACUGAGAAAGAAGGGAAGGAGAGUUGGUGACUGGCUUAUCUGAGCAAACUGCCCAGUAGGCUGAUCGUGGCAGAAUGUGUGAUUGGUUUGAGGAUGGGCUACGCAGAAUGAAUAUACUUGGAGUUUGCUGUUUAUUUAGGGACUAUUGUCAGUCUUGAGACAGUAGUAGCUUGAGGAGUCUGUAAUGAGUCUGGCUUCUGUGUGUGCCUUCCUCUUUCGUAAUGAUUUCCUAAAGCUUCAGAUGUCUAACGUAAAUAUGGUAUAGAAGUGCAAAGCCAUGAAGUACUCCAGUGCAUCAAUAGCUUGAAUGUGGAUGCCUUGUGUCUUGCUGCCUCUAUUUUCUUUGAGAAGUGGGACAUGAAUGCAUUAAAUCAACCAGCACCAGGACUGGAGUAAUGAUGGGGGGGCUGUAUGGUUCUUCAUAUAACCUCUUUAGUUAAGGCUUCUGCCAAUACGGCUUCACACACUCAUUGUAACUCUGGCCUUUUAAGAAACCUCCCAAUUAAACCUUUCAGGCUCUGAAUUAAAAUAAUUUGUCAACAGCUGCUUCAGAUCAGUGUAAACCACGAUGGGAGUGAGCUACUGACUAUAGAAUUGCUGUAGAGCAGGCAUGGCCAAACCUAGCCCUCCAGCUGUUUUGGGAUUACAACUCCCAUCAUCCCUAGGCUAACAGGACCGGUGGUCAGGGAUGAUGGGAAUUGUAGUCCCAAAACUGCUGAAGGGCCCAAGUUUGGCCAUGCCUGCGUGGAGUAAUUAUGGACAAAGUUUUUAGCUGCUUUUGUCCAACAAUAUGUAUAUAAUUUUGUCUUCAGAACGUAUACAGAUGUUACUUUUAAAGGGUUUAGUGUUUUAUAAUCAUGCAUGAGCAACAAGGCGAAAUGCAUAAUCCAGAAUUCAGCAGCUUGAUAUAUUAAAAGCUUGAUAUAUCUUAUAUUGGGAUAACAUUAUUUUUCCUUUCAGAGAAAUGGAAUGCCCGCAUUACAGACUUGAGAAAGCAAGUUGAAGAGUUAUUUGAAAGAAAAUAUGGUAUGUGUACACACUGUAUCCCUGACCCCCUUUUAAAAGCCAUUCCUAGAAUUUGAAACUCCCCAAACUUUUUUUGGAAAAAGGUUAGAAUUCCCCACUCCAUAGAGUCUGAAUUCUUUUGGCAUGUUGUCCUGCCAUUGUCCAAGGACUGCCAGUGCCAAGGGGUGUUUGUAGCCGUGUUGGUUCUGCAGAAUUAGAGAGUUGGCAGUAAGUACAAUGAUAUCUCCUUUUGGGGAGUGGGGUAAGUAGUGUUGGAAGUUCUGCAAGCUGUUACUUCCGCAACCUUUGGUUCUUAACAUUACACAUUAAUUGUGAUCUGUAUUAAGAAUAAAAUGUGGUACCAAAAAAGGGGGGGGGUGCAGUCUGCAACCUGUGUAAAGUAACGCUGCUUAUUUUGUGUAACUUACUCGGUUUUAGCUAAUCAUCCGAAAGGCCAAGGAGUUUGGCUCUGUGUUGAUUUCACUCUUCUGGUUUCUUAGAUUUGCUGGGCUUGACCACAUCGUUCGUAGUCUUGUAGGCUUAAAACUUUGCUUUUUAAAAAGUUGGAGGAGGAUUUCUGCAUCCUUUCUGUAUUUGAAAAUGUUGACAUUAUAGGUGGGCAUACAACUUAACUACAGAUCUGCAACAUCUAGAUCAGUGGUGACUAACGUAUAAUCCCCCAGGUAUUGCUGGGCUCCAGUGCCCAUCAGCACUAGUUAGGAUGGUCAAAGUCACUGAUGAGAUGAGUUGUGGUUCAGCAACACCUGUUGGCCCACAAAUUAGCCACCCCUGGUCUUAAUACGUUGUAGCAUAUGUUUGCAUAUAGCAAGUAAGUUACUCAUUUUGGGCAUUACACAAAAAUUGUGUUGGGUGAUAAUGUGAUCCACUGUCAAAAGUCUGAAACCAUGACUUGGAAGUUUUUAUAAAUCAUGGCUUGGGACUGUCUGUGGUUUGAUGGGGCAUCUGAGUUGACAGUUCGUACUUAAUGGCUAUAAAUCUUCCUCUGGGAGUCCUGGCUCUACACUCUAGUUUCCAUAUGGGGACAGAAAAUAAGCACAGAUAAGCAGCUCUGAACUGUUGUACACUUUGGAAGCUCAAACUAGGGCUUGGGUUCUAAUCUAUGGUUAGUGCAAAUUAGUUUGGUGUGGGGUUUGAGUUGCACUUACGAGGCAUAAUCUCUUCCUCUUUUAUAUAAAGCAGGUUUGAUUGUAUAGGGUUCUGCUAAGUGAGAUACUACAUUUGGUGUUCUUUCGAAACAAGUAAGUUUGCAGGCAAUGCUAAGCCACUCUUAGUGUGUUUUUCUUUUUAUAUUAAAGCUGAAGCUAUUAACGCAAAAGGCCCCGUGACUAUCCCGUAUCCACUCUUCCAGUCCCAUGUUGAAGAUUUGUAUGUGGUAGGACUGCCAGAAGGAAUUCCCUUCCGGAGACCCUCCACCUAUGGGAUCCCUCGCCUCGAAAGGAUUUUGCUGGCAAAGGAACGGAUACGAUUUGUGAUUAAGAAGUGAGUAAGUUGGUUUAAAUUAGAGUGUCCACAAAUGCAGGAUUCACAGUAUCUUUUUCUGUAGAAUUGCUCAUCAAUUAUAACCUCUCUCCCCCUCAUAAUAUUGGCACUUGGGCAGGGGCUGUCUCAGUGAAAUUUAUUAGAAGUAGAUUCAAGGCAGAAAAAAAGAUAUCAUAUCAGGGCUGUGUUCAAAUGAUCAAACCUCAGCUUAAUAAUUGUUGAAUGAUUUAAAGGUGGCCUAAUGUCCCAACUUGUUUGGAAGCUAUUAACCAUAGCUUCCCAUUUUGGAUCUUACUGGAUGCUGUAGUGAACUGACUUCCUGGCUUGUUCCCUACUUGCAUGGGUGGAAAAGUGAAGCAGCUGCAUGUGUGUGCGCAGGAGGCUCAUUCUCAUCUUGGCUCAGUGCACAAAUACAGAGCUUGCAGUCACCAGAUGCAGUGAAGGGCAGGGAGACAAAUUCAUGAAUGGGGGUUGCUCUAUUAAUGGCUAUUACUAUACAUGAUAGCUGGGCAGAACUUCUGUGUUCUGAAGCAGUAUGCCUAUUGGAUGGCAAUUGCUGAAAGAGAAUAGGGUUGUUGGCUUCGCAGAAACAUAUAGCUGGCCUCUGUGGAGAAUAAGACGCUAGACUUGAUCAACUUUUUGACUGAUCCAGCACAGCUGCUUUUUACAUUCUUACAGCAUAAUAUUUGCUGCCAUUUCAUGUAUUUCUGCACUGUUCUUUAUUUAAUGUUUUUUUACCCUGCUGUUCAGUAGACAAAUGGCUAAAGUAAGAUCUGUAGUAUGCAAGGCAUGUCUUGCCUUGCAGCCUUACAAUUUAAAAGACAUUUUGCACAAGAGGGAUCAGGAAAAUGAAUAAAGGCAGGCACCAGUUGAUAAAUUGUGUGGUAGUUGUUACACCCUGAAUCGAAAUAAUUCAAGGUUAUGCCACCUUGAAUGGAAACAAUUUGGCUAUCCCAUCUCUCCCUCUGCUGCAGUCAGGUGGAACCAAGUAUUGUUCAAAUAAUCAGAAUAUAUAUUGGGGUGCUGCUGCUGUGGGUUCUUCUGAGCAGUCUUCAGAUUUUUGCUGAUAGACCUAAUUUUAUUCAAGCUUUGAGAUAACCAAAUGUUUGUUUUUGCCAUUGGUUAUUACUGUCAAAUUAUCACCAUGGCGUAUUGUAUAAAGUUUCUUGCGAGAUUAUUCUGAAAACACUUGCUGUUUAAUAAGUAUGAGGCUCUCUGAUCUUGAAAAAAAUGUACACUACCCAUCUGUAAGUUGCAUCUUUGCUUACCAGUGAGGAAGUACUUCAGAAAAUAUUCCAUAGCCAAUCAGACUUUAGCAGAUUGCCGACUAGAAGUGAAGUUUUUACCCUGUCACAGUAUUAUGAGCUUCGUGCUUUAGGUAUUGUAUUGUAUCCAAUGCAAGUCCUCCUCAGAGUUGACCUAUUGAAAAUAAUGAACAUGAGUAACUUGAGUCCAUUAAUUUCAGUUGGAUACAGCCCUUGGCAAUUUCUGUUAUAAUUUGUGUAUCCCUCCCAUUCCUAUUGGUAAGAUGGAGUUUUAUUUGAUGGGUGAAAUAAUGGUUGCUAUGGGGUAAAAGUAGUGGUAGUAUAAUAGUAGUAUGUUGAUUAACAAAAAUAUGCCCUAAAAUGUUUGCAGGCAUGAGCUGCUAAAUUCAACGCGAGAAGAUCUACCGUUAGACAAACCUGUUGCAGGAGGUAAGAGGGGUAUGUGGAGUUGGUGGCUGUGUUUAUUUUAUUCAUUGAUUGUAUUUAUGAUGGCUGCCCAACAACAUUGUGCUCUGAAAGGCUAUCAAAGAAAAUACAGUAUUACGUGUUCUAAAGACAAUUGCAGCACAGAAUUUCCCGAGAGACCUAAAUCCAAGCUCACAGCAUAACUAAAAGUAUACAACGUGCAAUCAGUUAAAUAAAUGUGUUUAGGGUAUUGCUGUUGGGUCAGAUUUGACCAAUGUUUCUUAGGUGAGGUGGAUGGUAAAUUAAGUGAAGGCAUUAUUGGUUGUGGUACCUGUCUGGCACUCUUUCCUCCAGGUGGCUUGCCUGGCAUUGGUGCUGCUGCUGUUUUGGUGGCAGAUGAAGACUUUUAAAAGAAUCUAUUAAUCCUUCCUUUAAUACUUUUUAAUGGCUUUAAUGCUGCUUGUGAUUUUUGUUUUAUGAUUGAAUUGUAUUUGAUACUUAAAAUUGAUCUUGUAUAUAUUUGCAAGCCAUCUUGGAAACAUUCGGUGAAGGGCAGAAGAAUGUUCCAGUGAACAAAUUAAAACAAUUUUCAUCUCUUGAGCUAGGCCUCAAGAGGUGAACCUUAACUGUAAAAAUGUAUUUGUUGGGUUGAAGGAACUAAAACAACAUAGCAUCUAUUUUUCUCUGCUUCUUUGCUGCCUGCUACCUGUAAGUUUGUGAGGGCUCCUAGGGACAACUUCCUUUUAUGCCAGGGGCAGAGAGCCUGUGGCCUUCCAGAAGAUGUUGGACUCUACAUUCCCAUCUCUGGAGGCCUAUAGGUUUACCUCUUUCCUCUCUGCUUUUAUGCACUUGCCCUCUUUUGCCACUGUGACUUCAAGGGAGAAGGAUAUUCAAAGUGAAUAAAGUUUUGCCAAAUAAACAGUGUUUUAACUUCAGAAUGUUAAACAUUUAAAUCAAAUUCUUGUUUUUACCACUGAUCACAGUGAAAGAAGAAUGGUAUGCCCGAAUCACCAAACUAAGGAAGCUUGUCGACCAGUUAUUUUGCAGAAAAUUUGGUAAGUUCACUUGGCAGCAAUUCAUUGUUCAGUUUUGGUGGUGGUGGGUUCAGGACUGGCAUGCAGAUCAGAGAUCGCUUUCCAGUUAAAAUUCUAAAAUUUUAACUACUAAACUACAGUUUACUAGUUACUAAACUGUUUACUAAACUACAGUUUACUAAACUACUAAAACUACUAAAAUUCAGUAGUUUGCUUUCCGUUUGUGGCAAAUAGAGUUAAGAAUGCCUCUUAACAUGUUUUUACCUUUUAACUGGGUCCAGUGGCAUCAAGAUGGGGUGUUCUCAGGAGCCAAGCUGCAUCUGGAGGAUCCAGGGUUGUUAAGACAUGAUCUGCCCCAAUUACCUAGAAAGUGCUUGAUUGAAGAGGGCUGCACAGGGCAGGAAUACAUAUCAAUUCCCAAUGCCCUUUUUUCUCUGUACCACAUAUGCUUGGGAUAUUAGACUGCAGCAGAAGAGAAAAGGACAUAGGGAGGCAGACUACAGGGUAAGGUUACAAGACGUCCCCUUUUCCUAGGGACAGUCCCCGGAUGUACAAAUCAGUCCCCAUGCAAAAUCCAUUGAAAUUGAAAAGUUUCCCUGGAUUAAUUGAAAAUAAUCUGGUAACCUUACUGCAGGGAGUUUAGCCGUCAUUGGGGCAGGGCUCUGUACUCACCUGUAUGUCCUUUCAGUAAGGGAUCCUUGUUCAUAAAAUGUAUUGACUAUUAGUUUAAUUAAAGACUGAAACUAGGGUUCUUGUCUGAGUUUUGUCCAUGUUGUGAAAUUACAAAUAGUCUGGCUUCUUCUAACAGCUGAGGCACUGGGGAGCACUGAACCAAAGGCUGUCCCUUACCAGAAAUUUGAGGCGCACCCCACUGAUCUUUUUGUGGAAGGUCUGCCAGAGAACAUUCCAUUUCGGAGUCCGUCUUGGUAUGGAAUUCCUCGGCUGGAGAAAAUUCUUCAAGUGGGCAACAGAAUAAAAUUUGUAAUAAAAAAGUAAGAUGAGCUUUCUUUGCAUUUCUGUUUUUUGAGAUUAAAUUUGUCAAUGCCAAAAAAAUGCCAACAGUUUUUCUUGAUGUGUGUUAGAGACUGGAAAUAUAUCUAUAGGAAUAUACAACUUUCGACAGGUGUUUCUUUCUAUCUCUGAUUUCUCUAGCAAUUUGUCUUGGCUAGAAGAGAUCUGUUUCACCCUUGAACGUAUUUCAAAGAUCUAAACUGUUACUGAAGGAUUGUUUUCUUUCUUCAUUCUUACAUUGUAAAUCAACCCUGGAUUGGAAAUACAGAAAAGGUUAAAUGAUAUGUGAAAUAAGCAACCUUCAUUUUAGAUGGUACCCUUUUGUUAAAAAAACAAAACCCUAUUAUCAACCAAAAUGCAAUUCACUAACUUGAUAGUUUUAUAUGUUUCGAAUGGGCUCUUGGAACCUUUGUAUUUUGCUGAUACCUGCUAUUUUGCUUUUUAAAGUUCAUUGUUUUGAGCUGGUACUUGAUUAUUAUUUUUUAAGUGAGCUUCACAAUGCAGAGUGUAAUCGAUUAGUACUCUUACUUGGAUAGUUCAAGGGUAGAAGCACUAAAGAUUGUACAGUACGGACUACCUCCCUUCCACUAUAUGUUAAUUUUUAUUUUUUUUAAUUACAGGCCAGAACUUCUAACAAUCACUCCUGCAGAGGUUACUCAACCAAGAACAAACAUGCCUGGUAAGAUGGGCAUUUAUGAAGUGAUCAAAUACAGACAGCAUUACUUCCACCCACUACUUGGAGAGAUGCUUUUUCUCCCCUCCUUAAUGUAUUCAGAUCCCCUUUAUUCAUAGAGAUGGGUUGUGAACUUUUGGAGCUUUGGUAUUCACUUGUUUCUCUGUGCCAAAUGCAUUCAUUAAGAUGGGGAAAAUAUAUUGAAAACAUCCCACCUAAAAGGCCACAUAUAUUAUUGCUAUUUAUUAAAUUAGGUUAAACAGAAGAGGUUGAUUCUACAAAGCAAAAUAUCUUAACUGUCAAAGGCCAGGGUAACAAGAAUAUGGUGCAGUUCCAAUGGUGAUUCUUGAAGGAUGCAAUCCAUUAUCAGAAUGGGAAGGGAGGGACAGUUUUUGGCGAUUCUUUCUGUAUCAUGUUGAGGGUUACAGAGCACUGCAGUAGGAAAGGAGGAACACCAGAAACUAUCUCUCUUUCAAAUUUUCUGUUGGAUUUCUUCUGGGGGCACAAUAUCAUCAUUGGAUCACUAUCACUCAUUGUCUUCGUUGUUAAAGCUAAAUAUGAGAUGAUAUAUCUGAAAGCAUUUUUAUCAUUACUGUGAUCUUCCUGCUGUCCCUUAUUUUCAUUAAUCUAGAUGUUGCCUUAUGUACAGUGACUCAGAUCACUCACCACAGCAAGUGAUGCUUUGAGAACCCAAAUGAUCUGAAUUUCCCACCAUAGAGCAAAAUUAUAGCUUGUUCGCUUUCAUUUCAUAGUCUGCUUCUAAGGAUAUGUAUUUAUAUACAUGCAAAUCUGUAGGUUACAUGUUUGAAUUGACCUCUCACUAAGUGCCAUCAUUGCACGUUUACUGAUGGAAACAUACAUUGUAUAUAGGCGUAUUUAUUUUUAAUUUCCAGUCAAAGAAGAUUGGAAUGUCAGAAUCACAAAACUGAGGAAGCAAGUAGAAGAGAUAUUUAAUCUAAAAUUUGGUAAGUUAACUGUUGGAUAUUCACCUUGUAGUACCAUUGCUAGAUGAAAAUACUGUAGAAGUAAAAAACACAGUUUUUUCUACAUUGUUGUAGCAUUUUGACCAAUUGCCUUUAUAUAUAUUUUGGGAAAGGCUAUGUGUGUAAAGCUGUGAAAGUCAAGGAUGCUAGAUCUGGAUCUUAAAUUACGUGUUAUGACUACUUGGAAAUUUUAAUGAUUUUCAUGUACAUUGUGUGAAUUUCUUUGAGAUUUAUAAAUGGAAUAUAAAUAUUUUAAAUAUUUUAAAUAGAAUAAAUAAUUAAAAAGGAGGGGGUAGCCUGCCUUUGAAAGCAGAACUUUGAUGCCUAAUGGUCUAUUGAAUCCCUGUCAACUUGUCACCUUCUUUCUAGGACAAGCUCUGGGUCUGAGUGAAGCAGUGAAAGUUCCUUAUCCUGUCUUUGAGUCAAACCCUGAGCAUUUGUAUGUAGAAGGUUUACCUGAAGGUAUCCCCUUUCGAAGUCCAACAUGGUUUGGAAUCCCACGCCUGGAAAGGAUUGUCCGAGGGAGUGGAAAAAUCAAAUUCAUUGUGAAAAAGUAAGCUGGUGGUUAAUCUCUUUACUAUUUUUAAAUUUACAAUUUUAUUGCUUUACUGUUGUUUUUUAAAGCAAAAAAUGCUUGUUCUGGAAAAUCUCAAAAUGCUAUCUGCAGAUGCAGCCUCAGUCUUGACUUAUUACCCCAACAGGGAUCUUUAAUACCUAGGUCUAAAGUGAUGUUGCUGUUGCUGUUAAUAUUUAUAUCCUGCUUUUCAGCAUCUAGGUCUCAAAGCAGCUUGCAACGAUAAAAAUAUACACAAUUUAGAAGAAAUUAAACCCCAGAAAUUUAAACAAAGAACAUCAGGAAAUUUCACAACAUCAGAGAAGCAUUCCUGAUGUAAAGGCCUCCUGAAAUAAAGCAAUUUUAACCAGUCAUCUGAAACUCAGCAGGGAUGGUGCCUGUCUAAGUUCUGGUGGGAAUUCCAGAGUUGGGCCCAUAACACUGAAGUCAUAAUCUUGUUCGUAUGAGUUGCACUUCUGGUCCAUGGAGGACCACCAAGCUCCAUCAGAUGAUCUCAGUGAUCAAUUUGGCAUAUACAGGGAAAGGCAGUACUUAAAGUAUUCUGGGCAUAAGUUAUUCAGGGCUUUGCACACUAGCAGAAGAACCUUAAACCUGGCUUGGUUGCAGAUGGGAAGCCAGUGCAAGUCUUUUAGCAACAGUGUCAUGUGUUGGCAGUAGCCUGCUUCCAGCAUCAGUCUAGCCACAGCAUUCUACACUAGCUGAAGCUUCCAGACCAGACUCAAGGGCAUCCCGCCAUAGAGUGUGACACACUAAUGGUUAGUGCUGUUUCCAGACGGCUAGAUAGAAUCAUGGAACCAUAGAAUUGUGGAGUUGGGAGGGUCAUCUGGUUCAUCUCCCUGCAAUGCAGGAAUCUUUUACCCAACAUGGGGCUUGAACCCACAACAUUGAGAUUAAGAGACUCCUGGUCUACCAACUCAGCCGUACUUCACUGUGGGAUAUCAUGAAAAUGUGAAGCAAGCUUACAUGCAGGAUGGAUGAAACAGACAUUCAAGUAAUCAUUCUUAAGACAUCAGUCACCUUUGCAGGGGGUGCUAUGUACAGUUUAUGUGUCUCGAAAUCACUGAUUUCAAAUGUGUGAAUAUGAUGGCAGCAUUUAACUUGAGGGGUUGGGCAGGUGGUCAUUAGUUGCCAGGUUCCACUUUUAGAACUGUAGCCAUUGGGCCCUCUUAACAAGAUCAUUAGAACAUGUCAGGUAGACACACAUAAUUUUGAGUGGCUGUUGCAUUUUGCACAUUUGGGCAACUUAGAAAUUUCAUAUUUUAUCUCUGGAAAAUAGCUGUUGUUAAAGUGAUGUUGAAACAGAAAUUAAUAUUUGGGUAUGUACAAAUUGGAAAGUUACAACGGUAACAUCUACAGUUGUCUCCUCCCUCCUUAAUUAUAACUAAAACCCAUCUCUUACUGGAGAUCUUCCUCCCCACUCCCACCGCAUGUAGCUGUUACAGGAUCCAUAUGGUUUUUACAAGGGGUUCUGCCCCUGCUCGUCUUGCUCGCCAACCCCACCCUGGUGACGGCUGCCUGGGCCUCUCACUUGCUUCACUCUGCCAUCCCGCUUGGAGAUUUCUCCCCUUCAUUCUUCCCCCUGUUCCCAGGCAAUGCCAGCAGCAACAGUUGCUUGCACCGCCCACUCACUUGAGGCUUCUCAGGCUUCCAUCACCCUGUUUAAACUUGGCUGUAGUUGUAUGUUUGCUUGCCAGCAUGAAGAUGGACGAGUACAAAUAUUGUAUGUAAGAUACUCGCAUUGUUAUGAGAGCAUCCUAUUAAAAAUGCAUUUUCUAAUUUAUAGGCCAGAACUUGUCACCUCUUAUUUGCCUCCUGGAUUGGCUAGUAAAGUGAAUACUUCGGGUAAGUGACUAAACACCAGUUACAAAGGAAAGGGAUGUCAUCUUCACGCACCGCACGGUGUUUGAGUUUUCAAAGCAAGAGAUCUGAAAUCUAGCAGGUGUCCCCACAUGAUUCCUUUACACAAAACAGAUGGAGUAAAUAGUUUGGAAACUAGCGUAAGCAUUUCAAGAAGUCUCUCUGCCCCAUGCCGAUUUAGGCAUGCUAGUUAAUUGUGGCAGGGGACAUUGUCUGAAACAAGCAUAUCUACAUAGAGCUUUAUAAACAAUAAACAAACUUCCUUUCUUUUUAGAACCCCAAAGUCCGAACAGCUCAAACUCUGCACAAAGUCCUGUAAGCAACUCCAAGAUUCCAGAGAUUGAAGUUACUGUAGACGAAGGUAUGGACUUGACUAAAUAUGUUUGCUUGAGAAUAAGUAGCUUGGCUUGUACCGGUUACUGAAUGAGGGUUUCUUCUGUCUGCAGAACAGAGCUUCUCUGGAAGCUUAGUCUGUUGUGGGGGAGGGGAAGAAGAGCCAUCAGAAAAUCUUCUCAUUCUUAAUCAUAGAAUUGUAGAGUUGGCAGGAAUCCUGAGGGUCACAUAGUCAAAGCCCCUCACAUUGCAGGAAUCCUGCCCACAGCCAUCCAGUGGGCUUGAUCCACCAACCUUCUGGUUAGCAGCCAGACACACUGACCCAUUAUGCCACCUUUGGUAUGCUAUUCCCAGCACAGAUUUUAUGUAUACCUUCAUUGGGCUAAAAGUCCCUAAUUCCCCACCCACUCCUCAUUUCCCCAUCAUUGUAUAGAGAGAUGUCUGUGUUACCUUUCCAGUUGUGUGGGUUGUGAGUGUUGAAGUGAAUAAAACAACAUCCUCUAAAAUGUGGAUUUCUGGCUUUUCUGGGAAUAGAACAGGGAAAAUCCACUCACAUGAGUUGGGACCAUGUGUGUUUGUGUGUGUGUGUGUGUGUGUGUGUGUGUGUGUGUGUGUGUAUGUGUAUAGUGAUGAAAAGGGCUGAUUUCAACAGUUUAACUAUGUGUUUUAGAUGAUAAAUUAGUUGAAUCCAAAUAAAGUAGCUUAACAGCAAGAUUGAUAACUUUAAAAGCACACUUCCUUGAAAAAUGGGGUAGCUGCUUGUUAAUAUUAUUUUCAAGGGUAACUGAACACUUGUGCCAUGUCCACUAAGAUCUCAGCAGAUUUGAAAUUUUAGAGUAGUAUUGUAAAUUCUAGUCUUGCAUGUUCUUGUUGUACACUAGAAAGUCAUUAAUUUACAUGGGAUGUAUUGUGUGUGUGUGUUAACACAGGUCUUGCUAACAAGACACAAACCCCAGAAGUUAAAACUAAUCCUCAAACCAAUGGAUCCAAUGUAGGCUUUAAACCAAGAGGAAGAGAGUUCUCUUUUGGUAAGUUCUGAGGAAAACUGUCUCCUUCCAAACUGCAUGCCACUAGCCACUUAUUCCUGUUCUUUAUUCCUGACAGUUGCCUACUUGAAUUCAGUCUGAUUCACUAACUAGAUAAUAUAUUUACACUCUUCCCAGUUUGGGAACUAAAGUGCAGUGUAUAAAUGUAAACAAAGCAAUAGAAAUCCUCAUUUUUUGUUGGUAACUCUGUUAGGAAUUUAAUUACUUAGGGGCUGCUUGCCUUACGUCUAGUACCUAAAAAGAGAAAAGUUACGUAAGUUGCACCUAGGACAAACCCAUUUCCCCCUUUAUAUGUGGAACUUGCUACUAGUUUUUUCUUGCUCAUUGUACAGAGGCAUCCAGAUAACAUCACUUGGUAUUUCCAUAGAAGCAAAGAAGUAGUGGAUCAGGGUGCAGAUAAUUGACUUACUCUUUUGAUGUUUUGACAGAGGCCUGGAAUGCCAAGAUUACUGACCUGAAGCAAAAAGUUGAAAACCUUUUCAAUGAGAAAUGUGGUAAGCAUACUGCGCCUUUUAAAACAUUAUCUUAGCACGUCUGAGGGGAACUUUAUCAGCAAAAUAUUUGAUACAUCCAUAAAUUACAGCCUAGUUCUUAUUAUUAAGUUGGUAAAUCGAAGUCUUGACUGUACCACUUUAAACUGCAGUUGAGAACUCACAGAUAAUAAAUGUAAAAGAAUGUGAUUAUUGUGAUUUGGCUUUCUAUCCUGUUUUUUUGCAGCAACAAACUGAUUCUCUUGCGUGAAAGGAAAGAGGUUAAGCUUCUGCAGUAACCUGUUUUCUUAAUUUGGUACAUCGGCAUAUGGAUAAUACCUCUAGAUUCUGGAUGUAUAGCCUCUUUUGUUCUUUAAGGGACUAUGUUACUGUUAUGUAAAUAUACAAGCAGGAAUUGAUAAGUCAACAACUGCUGGAUAAUGGGAAAGGAAAAAACUAAAAAAUAAAUAAUUGUAAAUGGAAUAUAUGGAAUGAAAUGUGAAUUAGAAAUAUGUAAUAUCAAGCAGCAGUGGGGGAAAGUAGAGACAUGUCUAGGAUGAAGAGCAGGAAGUCAACUUUUUGGAAAAUUUGUAUUAAAUUAGAUGUAAUUUGGCAUUGAUUUGUUAAAAAUUUGGAAAACUAAUAAAUAUUAUUUGGCAAAAAACACCUGCAGAUUUUGGAUUUUCGUGCUGAUUUUCAAUAUUGGUUGAAAGCCUACUAAUGUGCAUUAGGGCUGAGUGAAAUUUGUGUGGUGUUUCUUUUUACAAAGCAGAAAGUACUUUUGCCCUCUCCAAAACGUCUUCUCCAAAAGAGCAGUGUUCCAUAAUCACCUUUCACUAUAAAAUCAUGCUCUGAAGGGAGAAAGAAUGUGCAGAAUGUAUUACCAAUUGUCUCCUGCUAAAAGGGCAACUGCACUAAAGUGAUUAUUUUGCCACCUGUUCUAAUCCCUAUAUCAAAUAUAACUGGAAUUGGGGACUUUUUGUGGAGGGUCAACUCUCAAGAAAAGCUUUGUCCCUUCGUAUUUUGGCUUAGCUCUAGCAACCACUAGAACGUAUGUGUGAGAGAGAAAUUCAUCAAAGGUCCAGCCCCACCCCCUCAAAUAUUGUGAAAUACAUUUUGUUUUAGGGGAAGCUCUUGGACUGACGGAGCCUGUGAAAGUCCCUUUUGCGCUCUUUGAGUCUUACCCUGAAGAUUUCUAUGUUGAAGGCCUUCCCGAGGGAGUGCCAUUCCGUCGCCCUUCCACGUUUGGCAUUCCAAGAUUGGAAAAGAUCCUCCGAAACAAAGCUAAGAUAAAAUUUAUCAUUAAAAAGUAAGCCAAAUGCAAUGCGUACCACAUGACUGGCCUCUCUGAACAACUUAAAUACAGAGUUCAGCCUAGACAGAUGCUGGAUUCUUCCAUCAGAGAAACGAGGCUGUAUUUUAGACUAGCAAUACUCAUGGUAGGCUUCUCUAAGACUUGGGCAACCUUGUUUCAAACUUUUGGAAUAAUAACUAAUAAAUGCAAAUAUUUCAUUUCUUCAUAGUCAUAAGACUCCUCACAAAUUAAGGUUUCUAGCUGAACAAGCAGCAUUUUAAAAUCAGUUGGUAAGGGAUCACUUGCAAACUCCAUAUUUGAGACCCAAAUCAGCAAAUCAAAUGUUUUAAAUCCAGAUGACCUCAAGAGCAUGGCUCCAAAUAUUGCUGUGCCAACUUCAGAAUAAAUUUCUCAGUCAGAGAUAGAAACAAAGUGGCCCUGUGGGUUUUUGGUUUACUUGAUAAGUGAAAGCAGAACUUAAAGUAAGAUUGAAAUGCCCAGUUAGGAUGACAGGAAGCACUUGGUUACGGAGUGUUGAAUAGAGUGAAUACUGUAUACAGUCGUACCUUGGAAGUCAAACGAAAUCUGUUCCGGAAGUCUGUUUGACUUCCAAAACGUUUGAAAAAACCAAAUUGUGGCUUCUGAUUGGCUACAGGAAGCUCCUGCAACCAAUCAGAAGCUGCGGAAGCUCCAUCGGAAUUUUGGCUUCCAAAAAUAGUUCGCAAGCCGGAAAAGUCACUUCCGGGUUUCCGACGUUAGGGAACUAAGCUGUUCGAAAACCAAGGUAUGACUCUAUUGUAUAGUUGCUAAUGUUUUCAGCUGGUUGAAGGCUACUUCUUAAGCAGGAUCUUGUCAUAUCCAAAUAUGCCUCUUGUGUUGUCUGAAAGUGAAUAGUGAUAAAGGCAUUUUGCAAAUCCAAAAGGCAAAUUGGGCAAGUAUAGCUUAAAGUAAAACACCUUGUUGCCUUGUAUAAUACAUGAAAUAAUUAUGCGGUUGCUAGUGCCUGCCUUUUGUCUGUUGAGUCUUGUUUUCUUUUGUCUUCACUAAAUCUACUGGGACAGCUUUCAGUGCAUUGGCAUUCUGGCCAUAAGCUAACAUGAACGCAUUGCAUUUCUGAGUCCAUCUGGAAUUAAAACCUUGUUUACUUUCUUCCAUAUAAGACUUAUUCAGUACCUCCUGUUAUUUCCCGGAAGAAUAAUGAAGAUAAAACAAAGGCAGGCGCUGAGCUGGUGGGGGAGGGUGUAGCACUGAAUGAAGAGCACAAAAGUGAAAUUUAGAAAGAGGGGUUUGUAACCAUAUGAGCUGACCCUGAGGUCAAAAUAAGGGGUUGGCCCAUCACACUGCAACAUUAAAAAACAGUAAAAUGAGUUGGACACAAAAGUCCAUGCAGUGUUUCAGUUGAUAAUUGCGUCAUCUCAGGAAGAGUUUGAGCCUUUUAUAACUCAGGGGCACAAAACAGGUAACUCCAUUUGUGGAGAUGUGUCUCAUGCUAGGGGACAAUAUGCCGUAAAAGAACAAAUUGGUGGAGGAUAGCCAAAUGGAACCCAGCUUACAGGAUCAGAGGCAGUGUACCACUGGGUACCAGAUGCACAAGAGGAUUUUGCUUUUGUGCUGCCCAGGUGGACCUGACUGGUCAUGGAUGAACAGGCUUAGACCACGGUUUCAUUAACCACAUUAACAUUAAUCACAGUUAGAAAACUUCCCAACUCUUGCAGCCUUUCCACAGGAGGAGGAAAUGUGCUGCAGGCCUGAGGCUCACCAGCUUGUCCUGGCUCAUUCACAUCACAUCACACUGGUUUAGUGUGAUGUCUGAAUGCAGCCAACAUGUUUAAACUUCUUGGUUCAGGAUGCACAUGGAUAACAUAAUAGGUUCACUUUGCUUUUGCUUUAAUGUUUGGCUGAAGGGUUCUGCGCUUCCCUGAGAUGAGAGAGAGGGAAGCUUCAGGGAGGGAUAUCCAAGACAAGUGGAAUUUAUGGGGAGCAAGACUGCAUGUUUUGAGGAGGAAUGGUCAUUGUGCUUUCUCCUCCAUCCGCUUGACCAGCCAUGCUAUGGCAUUUUAGAAUGAACAGCUUCGCCUCAGAGGGAAAUGAAGCUGCAGUUGUGUUUACUUAUUGAUCGCACUUCUUUAUAUUCUUAUGCCAAAACUUCCACCAUGUUUCUUUGCAGGCCUGAGAUGUUCGAGGCGGCAAUUAAAGAAAGCGCUGCCGCUGUUCCAAGUCCUCAGAGUGAGUUUUGUCUCAGAGUUAAGCCCUCAAUGGCACCGACUUUGUUGUGUUCAUAAGAUGGCGACACUGAUCAGUAGGGAACAAUUCAGGGGAGCGAAUUAAAGUACUCCAAGGGUUCUGUGAUAGCAUAAAUCAAGUCAUUGUUUUUGGGCCUUGCACCUCAGAAUAAGAAAGAGUCUUGUGUCUUGAAAGUGCUAUUAGGUUACUAUAUCAAAGAAGUGACAAGAGCUGCAGAGACCAAGUUACUGGUCUUCUGCUCUCAACAUCUCAGCUCUCAUUCCAAAUCUCUCUAGCUAGCUGCCAGUCUACGUGUGCAGUUUCCUCCCCUUCCGCUGCCUCCCUGGAGUGCUAUGACAUCAGAUGUGUUCUGAAAUUCAAAUAGGGCAUAGUGCGUAUGAUGAUGUCUUUGUUGGGAGAGUUCCUUAUCCUUUUGGAGUGCAGAGACACUGCCAUCCUCUGCAAGGAGUAAAGCAGCACUCCUGUUAGAACGUGAACAGAUUUGGCGCUGGAUAUGGUUGGGUGGGGGCCAACAGCUGCUGUCCUCCAAUUGGAACUUAGAUCUGCCUUGUAUGUUGACCACUCUUUUGAGUUCAGUCUUAUUUGUUCUUGAUACUUUUUUACUGGGCAGUACUCAUAAUACGAAAUGAGAUUCGAGUCCUUUUGGUGUUAAUGCUUUGAAACCAUGUGUUUUGUAAGGAAGAACAAGUUUAUCAAACACCGUGAUAAACACUGUAAGUGUGCCUGAUCCGGUGGUGAACACAGCUGCUGGAGUGGAAGAUCUUAACAUCAUCCAAGUGACUAUACCAGGUACUCUGCCCAUUUCCCUCCCUACCUUGCAUUUUCAAAAGCCGUUUUAAAGACAGAGUCUUUUUCCAGUUCAAUAUUUUUGUGCCUGUCCUACUUCUAAUUCUAGUUCAUGUGCCAGCAGACACCACAUAAGAUACUAGUCAUAACAAACCGUAUUCUUCUGUGUUACUUGCAAAAGUAUCUUGAAGCUAAGCUCCCAAGGGCUUGAAAGAGAAGAAGCAGACAUUCUUAACUAUUGCUAAUAGUUCUCAUUUUGCAAAUUAAACGUAACAUAGAAGCCCCAUGUUCCUUACUUUCAUUUCCCAGAAGAAGCAGUGCUUCAAAGACAAAGGCUAUCUUAUUGAUGAUUUACAGGAACUGAAAGCAGCCUUCCUGAGUUGGAUUGCUCUGCUUACAGGAACAUGCUGGCUUCCCACCUGCCAACCGCAGACUGUCCUUAGAACUUGCACAAGGGUUUAGAGAACUUCCUUGCUAUAUUUUCUACUGGAGAAUGUGGGCUGCAAAGCAAUGACCUGACUGACCUUCCCCAAAGAUUCAACUAGGGGAGAGUGCUGGUAGCUGCCAGGUUGCUAACCAGCUGCCUCCCUUUCUCCAUGCUUCCAUGAGGUUCCUAGCUUGGAGGAAGAGCUUGUCAAUUUGUUAUUUUCUGCAUUAGUUCACUUUUUUCAGUUGCUCCGUAAAAACACCAAGGGGCACCUGCAUAUCUGUUAUGUGCUCUUUCCUUUAAUCUUUCAGGCAAGGGUGGGACAUGUAUGGCCUCCAAAUGUUAUUGGUUAACAUCUCCAUCAUCAUUGACCAUUAACCAUGCAGCUAGAAGAUGUAGUCCAACAUCAUCUAGAGUGUGUGUGCAGAUUUCCCUGCCCUGCUUUAAAAUCUAGUGACUUAAGCUAAAAGAAAGAGAGGACUUUAGCAGCAGGUACACCUGGUAGAGACAUGCCCUAUAGGGCACUUAAGAAAGUGGGCACACACUUGUCUCAGGCUCUCUCCUGCCACUCCUUUAAACCCCAAAGAACUAACAGUCUUAAGGCUGAGAAGGAGUUGGUGAUAGGACAACAGCAACACUAGAUGAGUAGAACAGGGCUCUUUAAAUAACUAGACUGACUUAAAUUGUCUUUGCUUGCGUUUAAACAAGAUCUGUUUUUUUUUAAGGUUCAAGUCAAUCACAAAAUAUGAUUUAAUUCUUGUUUCUUCAAAUUUUACAGACGAUGAUGAGAGAACAUCCAAAGUAGAGAAGGCCCGACAGCUGAGAGAACAAGUGAAUGACCUGUUCAGUCGGAAGUUCGGUAAUUUUAAUUUUGCAAUGUAGACUCUCUAAUCCAAGGUGCAGUAGGCCUACCUUUGAGACCUGAAUUGAAAGAGGACUGAGCUGUAAAAGUCUGAAGCUGCAAAAGAGCCGUUUAUGCUUCGGAAAGUCAGAAGUUGGGCGUUGAGUGCAUGUGUCUUUGCACACCUAGCUAGCACCUGUUUUCUGUUGGUGGUUGGCAGGUGCUCUGGUUGACAGGUGGUCUAUAAAUAUAGUAAAUAAACUCAUCCUUUCGUACUUCAUAAUUGAAGGAAACAUUUCUGUUCCCUCUUUCCCGAGUUCUAUAUGCAAUUCCACUUGACUGAAAAGCGUGUAUUCAGUCGUUAGAAAAUAGCUGUCAUUUGAUGCUUCUUGAGUUCAAUAGGUUGCUUUAUUGUAGUUAUAUAGGAUCAUAUAUAAAAAUACACUUUGGUUUAAGUGCAAAUUAUCAUGUUUGUGUUAGGUAGCUCAUGUUGCAGUCUCCAUGCAGCCUUGGAUGAUGCAAUGGGAACAACUGACACCUGUGAUUUUAAAAACAGUGGGGUAAUUAGUUAGAUGCAACUUAAUACCAGUGGUCAUCGAAAGACUGCCUUUGAAGAAAAACUGCCAGCUGGUGUCUGGUGGAUUUCAUACAUCUGAUUAGUGAUGGCAACCAAAAGGGAGUAUUUCUUUACACAGUGCUUGAUUAACUUAUUGAAAACAACACGCAAUAACGGCCAUGGGAGUAGAUGGCUUUAAAAGAUGCGUAGCAGAGGAUAGAUCUACUGGAGGCUAUUAGGCAUGGGAACAAAAUGGAAUCCUCCUGAUUCCAAAGCGGUGUGAGACACUGGAUACCAUUUGUUGGGAGGCAAAUGAUGGGGAAGGGCUGUUGCUGUCAUUUCCUCCAUUUAUGCUUCCUACAGGCAUCUUGUUAAUUACCGUAGGAAAUGGGAUGGACCUUCUUUUUUACUCUGAUCCAGCUGGACCCUUCUUAUAUAGGUGCCAGUACUCGCCAUAAAGUUGUUACACUAAGUGCCACACUUUUUAACAACAAAAGAAAGAGGUGCUGUUACUGCGUACCCUUGAGUAAUGUUUUAAUCAGUAUUUUUAAAAACAGCACUUCCAAAAGCUUAAAUGAAGAUAAGUGGAAGGGUUCAGUCCCAGAAGGUCAGCAAAAGCACAUCUCCGUUGAAGUUGAUUCUGAUUUUAUAAUGAUCCUGCCUUUGCUACUGUGUAGUAUUUUCAAGUAAACUCUGCCUUCCUUGUGGCCUAACGGGAGGACAGUACAACAUAACUCUCACAACCUCUCUCUCUCAUCAGGGGAAGCCAUUGGCCUGGGGUACCCUGUGAAAGUCCCCUAUCGAAAAAUCACAGUCAACCCUGGCUGCGUGGUGGUGGAUGGGAUGCCCCCUGGAGUGUCUUUCAAAGCUCCCAGCUAUCUUGAAAUCAGUUCCAUGAGGAAGAUACUGGAUUCAGCAGAGUUUAUUAAAUUUACUGUCAUCAGGUAUGUGGCUUUCAACUGCAUUCUCUAUAACACUGGUUUUCUUUUUUCUUUCUUUUUUUGUUGGAGAAGAUGUAAGGUGGGGCCUGCAUAUUCUGGUCCUGGUUGAUGGAUUAGACAUGCAGUGAAGAUAAUGGGAGAAACUGCCACUGUUUUCCAUUGCAACCAAGCUAGGGCCAGCACACAAGACCAAAAGAUCCUCUUGUGAUCUCUAUGACACUUUUGACAAUGCCCUGUGUUUGCGAGGCUCAAACAAGCCACUAAACUGAAGCUCCAUAUUUUGAGGCAGCAUGCUUCUCCUUAUGAGGUCUUGUGGGGAAAGAGGUGACUGCUGCUUAGGAUCAUCUCAGAAGCAUCUGAGCUGCUAUGCUCCCUGCCUUCCAAUGGGGAAGGAUCUUCAGAAGCAUGGAGUACGAUUGCUUUACAGUCCAGGCCAGCUUCCAUUGGGGCCAGUUCCUCAUGGCCUGGGGCCAGCAUACCUAAGAGAGGGUGCCUUCUUCCCUGUGCCCCACUGCAGUGUUGAAAGAUCAGCCGAGAAUGUGCUCUUGAAUGAUGCCAACAUACAAGCCAGGCUUGUAGGAGGAUAUGGAGAGAGGCGUUCUCUGUUGCUGCCUCACGACUGUGGAACUCCCUUCCCUCGGAUGUUCACAUUCUGAGGCAUCUGUAAGGGCUCCUGUGACCAAAAUGUCCUGCCUCUCCCUUGCAGGAGGUGAAACAGAUUUGGAGCGCUAUUACUAAAGCAGCAAGGAUGAGCGGAUAUUUUCUUAAAAGUUUCACCAGCGGUUGUGUUAGGAGCAGGCAACAAGAGUUUAUUGGAAACCUACUGCUUGCUACUAAGGACGUUAGCCAUAUAUGAAAUGGGCCUAUUGAAAUGAAUAGAAUGUUUAACAAAGUUCCAUUAUUUUCAGUGAGUCUCCUGAAAGUAGACCUGUAUUUACUAGAUACAGCGCUAGGAGCAGAAUUUUGAAGAGAGAGUCCACCACUGACCUAGCAAAGAUAUGAGGGUAGAGAAAAUAUAAUAAAAAUGGAAAGUGGAAAGUAUACAAAGACAACUGGAGAGUAAGUAAUAAAAAUGGAGUCAGUUGAAAUUUUUCAACUUAGUAUAUAAAUGCAAAGCUCAGGGUCACGUAAGUAACUUACUCAUGUUCAAUAUAUAUAUAUUUUUCUUGGACCUUGCUGGGAGGCUUAAGAAUUGCAGUAGAAGAUCUGUGGCUUUAUGCAUACAUGAAAAUUAAACACAAUGAGAAGAUCAGAGUGCAUAUGUGGUUAUACAGUUUGGCACCUCAGAUUGUUAUGUCAAAUCUGUAGAACGUUAGGAUUAUAUGUAAACGAUCCCUUAUUGAAGUGUUGCAUUCUGUGUUUUCCAACAGACCAUUCCCUGGACUUGUAAUGAACAACCGUAAGUAUUUCAUUAGCAGUGCUUAAUAUGUCCGUUCUUCUAUAACUGUGUUGUCAUUAUGAUGCUGCCAAUGACACAGUCCAGCUCUUUCUUAGCAUUUUAUACCUGUGACCAGAGAGAAAAUGACAGCGUAUAAAUGCUAAAGGGGUAAGGAUUACAAGGGAGUAGAUUAAAAAAACAACAACAAUGAAAAAACAACUCUUUGGAAUACUAUUUGUCUACCACAUCUUUCAAGGGAUUGGUAAUGUUUUGCUUGGUGCAUACUGACAUGGAGUAACAUUGUGGUUUUAACAUGAAUACAUUUACUAGUGGAGGGAUGUAUCCUUGUCAUAACUUAAUGCUGACCUUACUACUUCUAGAAAUUGCUGAGAAAGCAGAAUCAGAAGCACCAGCACCAGCAGCUGUGCCAGUCCCCGAGCCAGUGGAACAAGGUAGGUGUUAAUUUUUAUUAGACUGCCCUUAGAAGUUGAUAACAUGAUUGGUGAUAAAGCCCCUUUUUCGAGGUGGAGCAGGGGUGCGGAUGGGCGUGAAGACCAAAUCUGUGCAAUAAUACCAGGGUGGAAUUAAUACACUACUUUAGUUUGGUUUGUGUGAGAAUAUGGACAUUCAUUUUUAUGGAUUUACUUCAUUAAAUUUAUAGACCACUUGAUUGUAAAAACAAAAACAAAAAGACCUAAAAUGGGUUUUGCUAAUUCUUACAGGUGCUUUUCAGAGAAUAUACAUUAUGUCGAUCAUGUUUGCUGUUGUAGUUAACAGUACAUUAUAUAAAAUAAUGCAACUAAUUUUAUGAGUUUCCUUUUUUUAAGAUCCAGUUGAACCAGACCAAAUAGUACAAGUAUCUGUGGAGGACGGUAAGUGUUUGUUGUCUGAUGAGUGGAAAGCAACAGUUAUUUGAAAAUGUAUCUUGAUGCCCACAAAACCAAAAGGAAAAGAGCAAGGUGAAGCCCAACACUGCUCUCUUCCCUCUGGCCCUGUAAAGUUGCUUGCUAGCUUUUCAUUUUUUAAUUUAUUUUUAUUGUCAAUGGCUCAGUUGCUAGAGCAACAUGAGAUUCUUAAUCUCAGGGACAUGGGUUCAAGACCCACGUUGGACACAAAAGAUUCCUUCAUUGCAGGGGGUUGGACUAGAUGACCCCUGUGGUCCCUUCCAAUUCUACAAUUCUAUUUAAUGUAUUCCUUACUGUUUUAUAUUCAGAAUUUCUAAGUGAUGCACAUAAAAUGUUAUUUUUUGAAAGGCAAACACAAACCACGUGAGAGUAUAAGAACAAUUAAAAGUAAACAUAAAACCAUAACAUAACAUAAAAGCUACUUGUAAAGUGGCUGCUGAAAUAGCCAUGAAGUAAUUUCAGUGAAACAAUUUGUAGCUCCGCCACUCUGGUUUGUGGUUAAAGAUUCUGGUGGCCCAUUCUUAAAAUUACGUGGUAUGAUUUUCAUUGGUGGUUUGUGUUUGAAUGGUGAAUCAUUUUCCAUCUGUGGCUUUUCUCUCUUUCAAGCAGCUGCUCUCUAUAGUUCACUGAGACAAAAUUACUAUCACCUGGGAAACAAACAAUCUUCUUAAUUAAGUUUAUGCUGGAGCUUUGUUCCUCCUCGCUCAUUUCCGGAAAUUGCAAUUUUCAUUUACAUUCUCAAAUCCCCUUCCCUCUUUCUUCAGCGAUCUUGUUGAAAGGCAUCUAACUAUCCUUUUUUUUCUCCACAGAUUCGGCACAGACUGAAGAAGACACUCAAAUAAAACAAGAGCCAGACCCAACGUGGUAG